AUGAAGAACUGUAAAAGAGGAGUCAAGAUGUUGUUGUUUCUUUCAUUACUAGUAUUAGCGUUGUCACGAUCGGGGAUAUGGGGUGGUUUAGAUUAUCAAGGUUUACGCGUACGGGAUUGGGAGAAUGGGUUAGAAGAGGCUCGACGACGAGAGAUGCCUCUUAUGGUGAUUUUUCUCAAAUCGACGACGAUAGAUGGAGCCAUUCGACACGUUCUCAGUUUCAAUCAAGAUGAUUCGUAUAUGAAACGAACCAAACAGUUUGUGGUAGUAGUAGCUGAUGACACAGAUAAUGUCUGGAAAGAAUACUUUGGGCCCUCCGAAGAGGUUCAAAAGGAUUAUCCCAAGAUCCUCUUUUUCCAUUACAAUGGUGCCAAAUAUGAUGUUUCUGGUGAGCGACCUACAUUCAAUUAUGAAGAUUCCUUUGAAUUGACAGACAAGAUGGAAGAAGUGUUAGACAUGUUUGAAGAUGGGGUUAUUCCAGAGAAGAAGAAUACAUUCCCAAUUGAGCCAGAAGACACAAACAAGACUGAAAUAGAAGAAGAAGAGCCCGUUCGUGAAGAUGAAAAUGCUCCAACACCAGAAGAGCAUGAGAGAAUGCAUGACGAGGAGAUGCGUAAGAAAGAGCUUUGA